AUGAGUCAGACCGCCGCAACGAACUCCGCCACGGUGGCGCCCAGGACUUCCGAGAAAUCGUCCCCGGCAGAUCCAAUCGCCUCGUCCAACUCUCAAAGCUACGUGCAAUCGAUGGACGACUUCGUCGUCCUCGAUGAACACGAGAGAGCGUGUGGAUACGUGGUGAAGUUUCAGAGUCUGUGCAGCCAGAGCGAGUUGUCUGUUAGCAUCCACGAGCGCGUGAGUGCGCGUUUGGAGACGAAGCGAAAGCGCUUGUCGCGGCAAUCCUCGCUCGUCGAGCGGGAGAAACGUGCCCGCGAACGCCAUGAGGAACACCUUUGCAGACGGCGCGUGGUGGCGAGGAAAUUCAUUGAGCGUCGCGCAGCGGUUGUGGAGCGAAUCCGAAAGACUCAAGAAGAACGCGCAAAGAACCUCGAGCUCCGCGUGAAUCGCCUAGACAAACGCGCUUUGGAUUUCCUCGAGAGUUCGACUCCUGGUCUGGAAACUGCCGAAGAAGUUGGAGGGGACUCCCUCUCUCUCGACGCGGACCCCGUUGCCAUCCACCAAAAACGAGCAGAAGAAACCCUCGCGAACAGAAUCGAGGGAAUUCAGGCAAAUUUGCAGAAGAAGAUGCAGAGUGCAGAGGAGCGCAGGAACCAGCUGCGGGCGCAGGAGAAGGAACGCCUCGCAAAGGCUCUUCAGCAAAUCGAAAAAGUCCAGGGAAAGAACAAACUGGAAGAAGAGGAGAAAUCCCUCAGACUCCAGGAGAAGUUGGAGGAGGCAGAGAGGCGUCGCAAGCAGCUUCUGGACGAAGAGUCCUCUCGGCGCAAGCAGAAGUGGGAGGAGAAACGCGAGGUCAUCCUGGCGAGAGAAAUGGAGAUUGAGGAGAAGAAGAAGUCUCUCGAGGAGCGCGUCGAACUGGCGAUCGAGAGGAAGAACAAAAUCAUCGAAGAGACGAAGCUAACUCUCCAGAAGAAGAUCACGGAAGCCGAGGAGCAAGUCAGCAGGAACCGCACGGAGAUGGAGCGGCGUUUGCAGGAGCUGGCAGAGAAGAUGUCCCAGAAGCAAGAAAAGGCCGAGCAGCUUCGGGUGACCUUGAUGAAGCGGAAGAAGGCGCCGAGUCCCUCGACUCUGCGCGCGUUGCAUGCAGAGACGUCGCCCUCUUCCAACGAAGACCGACAGGACAUGGCGACUUGCGAGACCGGCACGGCUCUCGAAGAAGAAGUGGCUGUCAACUGA